UUCAAUGCACCAAACCAAAUCCUCCGGCGGCGGCGCCCAGCACCGCCGCGCACCACCCCCAGAUCCCACAAUCAUCCGUACCGUCUCCGAACACAAAUCCCUCUCUGCAACUACUCCACCUUCAAGUGUUAUCCACUCUUCUUGCGCAGUAGCUUUGGCCUUCCCCAAGAAAGCAACGCAGCAGAAGAGCAGUGAUGAAACCAAGAAGAAUGAGGAAAAGUGUGAGAUUAAUGAGUUGACGACUCAUCUCUUCUCUCCUCACAACAGUAAUAAUGUGAAGGUUGUGUCAGUGGACAUGCCGCCAUUAAUGCAGAUUCAUGCUCUCAAUUUUGCCACAAACGCAUAUCAUACUUUGCAAAACUUCACUCCUAAGGCCCUUGCUCUCACCCUCAAAAAGGAAUUUGAUGGGGUAUACGGAGCAGCCUGGCACUGUAUAGUAGGGAGCAGUUUUGGGUCUUUUGUGACACAUUCUUUAGGUGGCUUCAUAUAUUUCUCAAUGGAUCAUAAGCUAUAUGUACUCUUAUUCAAGACCUCUAUAAAGAGAGCAACUUAGAAACUCAUAUUAUCUUCAAAUAAUCAAACACCAGCUGAAAGUGAAGCCUAUUCUUUUAGAUGAUUACAAAUCUGCAGUCACUAUCCGAGAAUGUGAGUAAU